AAGAAACAAAACGUUUGUUUUGAUUUUUGCACGUAAAAUUUAGUAUCUUUCCUGUGCAUACGCGCGGAUAGAUAACGAUACCAAUGCCAGAUUGAUAUAGAAACGUUUUAGGAUAAGUCGUGGCAGGAGCUUCUGUUUCAUAAGUCGUGGAAUUUGCGUGAAAGAAAUGAAAUCUAAACCAGAUAUUUAUCACGAAAAGCAGUCCAAACAACUGUGUGCACUCCACACGUUGAAUAAUUUAUUUCAAAAGCCUGAUGCUUUCACAAAAACAUUGCUGGAUGAUCUGUGCCUACAGUUAACUCCAAAUUCUUGGAUUAAUCCUCAUCGUUCAGUUUUUGGUUUGGGUAACUAUGAUGUCAAUGUUGUCAUGGCUGCCAUACAGCUCAUGGAUUGUGAAAUGGUGUGGUGGGACAAGCGGAGAAGAAUUACACCCCAUGAUGUUAAUAGUGCUAUUGGUUUGAUACUAAACCUGCCAAGUCCAAGUAGAGUUGGCAGCUUACUCUUCCCAUUCAGAACAAAACAUUGGCUGGCCAUAAGGCAAUUUGAUUCAGUUUACUACAAUCUGGACUCCAAAUUAUCAGCACCAGAGAGCAUUGGAGACAUCCAUCAACUAAUAGAACAUUUGACAAGACACCUGAAUGAAGAUGAUUGUGAACUGUUUCUUGUUAACUCUACAAAGCCAUGUACACUUGCAGUUGCUGAAUUUGCUGAACAGUUGUAA